AUGCCGAACGACAUGCAAAACGUCGAUGAUCUGCUUUAUUCCGACGUCUGGGGUGGAUCUCUCUUCGAGGAACCGCCACUUUUCCCGACAUACAGCCCAGCAAUCAAUAUCCCCUCACCUCCAGGGUGCAGCAUUGAGUCUGAACCUUCUGCGGAGGACGCCUACGCUUCAAAUCGGUCCUCCAGCUCGCCAACCGAAGAUACGUCGGAGACCACUGCAAUCGCCGACAUCCAGACCAUAUUACCCGCGCUCUUGUCAAGGAUCGGCCAGCUAGUCUGGCCGCUCGAGUCUCUGCUUGCUCCGCCAACAGACGCGAUGCCCGUCUGCUACUCAGCCAUCCUUCCCUUUGCACUUCGGAACACCGACGAGAUCAACAUAGCUCCCACCAGGGAGGGAGAGCCGACUGACGAACGCGAACUGCGCUACCGCAGCUGGUUCAAAGCACAACAUCAAGCUUCUGCGUACGAACAUUGGCUAUCGAGGGGUGGAGAUACUUGCGCUCUUCGACUUGAACACCUGAACUCGCGAAGUAGAGCUCGGCAAGCGGCAUACAUGCAGAGGCGGCGCCGGUGCUCACACUCGUCAACCACAACUGCUCUCAUCGCCUCGCCCUUGCGCUAUAGGCUCGACGAGAACUCGGCGGAGAGGCAUCGCACUGGCAUCUGCAAUCAGUGCGUCGUGACAAGCCAAGAAGUCGAUAGCGAUGAAGGCGAGGGCUCUGAUGUCAGUUGGGGAGAAGAAUGGGACGAAACCUUCAGUCUUUCAAGUGAUGACUACGGAGAACUUGAUACUUCUCAGGAGGAAGGAACUUCAAGCUGGCGCGAGAGGCCAAUCCCUCUUGACGAGCGCUACGGUCUUGUCUACGGCCCCUCUGUCAUGUUCAGUCCUCGUGUGGCUUCACUCAUGGGAUUUCCUCAAUCAUCCUGGGCUUUGUGGUUGCCAUCAGAGAAUGAGGAGCGCGUCGAUGUUACUGCGGACCUCGAUGACGAUUAUCUACGCGAAUGGGACGUUCUUACCGACGCUCCUACGACACAUUCGGAUGAGGUUUCAGCACCGGGUUCGUCGACCGCUCAGUUCGAUCCCCCGGUGAUUCCUAUCUGCGCGACACGCCUGGCCGCGUGCGCGCAUUCAGGCAGAUUAUCGAGGAGAUCGCGUACAACGGCGAUGUCGCGUGCCGCCGCAAGAUCGCAUCUAAAGUUGGCCGCCUGGGUACUUACAACGAUCAAAUUGGGCAAAACCGACUUUACAGACCUAUAUGAUCUACCGCAGGAAGAGCAGGUCAUUGGGAGUGACGAUUUCGACGAAAACACGAUGGGAAUACCAGCGCCGCCCUCUCCGGGCUCAUCGGCCAAAAGGGCUCGCGCAGAAGACGAAUGUUUUGAUGGGGACGACGGGGCGCUAUCGCGACAUGAUGCACGACCUUUGAAACGUAUACACAUGUAG